ACAUACGUCUGCUUGACAAACACCAUUAAACCUCAGAGGAAAAAGAUUAAUGUUGUUUUGUCGUGAUGCUGGCUUAAUACAAACGGUUUGUAAUGUUGUUUCUGUAAAUAGUAAAAUACAGUUUUUGAAUCAGGUCAAUAAAUACCUGUAUUCUCAUCUUCAAAGUCGUGACUAAGUUUGGAAGCAAGCAGGAAUAUCUGGAGGAGUAUCAGCUGUGAAGAUGAUGUUUGUUAAAGAAGAGAGUGAGGAGAACACGAUUAAACCAGAACCCUGGGGAAUAAAACACGAGGAACAAAGAGGCCUGAUGAACGUGAAAGAAGAACAAGAUGUGAAUGAAGUGGAGGAGAAAUAUCAGUGUCAGAAUGCUCAUAAUGUCAUCAUUGGAGAAACAUCAGUGAGUUGCUCCAAAAUUGAAAAAAGUUGCUCACAACGAAACAUUCAAAGAAAAAAAGUCAAAAGGCCUUUCAGCUGCUCUCAGUGUGGAAACGCAUUCACUCGUAAAAAAUACCUUAAUAAUCACAUGAGUAUUCAUAAUAGAAUAAAGACUUUCACCUGCUCUGAGUGUGGAAACACUUUCAAACAGAAAAGAAGACUUGACGAACACAUGACGAUUGUUCCUAAUGGAAAAAGGGCUUUCACCUGCUCUGAAUGUGGAAAUACUUUCACACGCAAAGAAAGCCUUAAGAAUCACAUGAAAAUUCAUGCUUUGCUUGAGGGCCAUUCCAAGAGGGAAAGCAAAAAACCAGGAAGGCCUUCAGUGGAGGGGGGAAAUGCCACAGAGGCUCACUGAGCGCCACUGGCUCUGCGUUGCUGAUGAUCGGCCAGAUUGCGUCGUUUGUUCUGAUCGCGCACGCUCUAAGGGCCGCCGGCAGACAAAGUACAGGUGCAGUCAGUG